UGUUUUGAAUAAUAUAUGCCACGACGGUUCAACAUGGAAUUAUUGUCUCUAUAAACCAUUCUCGAACGCUUGGAUUCGGCUCCCUGUGUUCACACUUCACCAAUCUCUUGACACCCUGAACCACAAGUUCGUUUUCUCAUCUCAACCCACAAAUCCAACUUCAAUUGUUUUAGCCAUUCGUGAUGGGCGAUUUAUUGAAAAGUUGAUGUUUUUAAAACCAGGAGAUGAGGAAUGGACAACCUUUGUUAAUGGUCUUGAGAAGCGGAUGUGGGUUUUUGAUAUUAUAUGUUACAAGGGUGGCUUUUGUGCACUUGACUGUAACCAAAAUAUCAUACAAUUUGAGUUGAGCCCUGUUCCUCGUGUCAAAAAAAAAAACCCAACUAGAUUUAACAGAUCAAGUCAUGACCCAGAUGAGUAUGAUGAUGAUUAUGAGUUUUUGGUGGAGUCUUUGUAUGGGGAUCUGUUGAUGGUUCAUGUAUUUUGGAACCUCCUGGAGACCAUAAAGUUUAAGGUUUACAAAUUGGAUUCGGAGAAGAUGGAGUGGGAUGAGAUCAAAAGCUUGGGUGAAGAAGCAAUUUUCUUGUGCUGUGAUGGAUCUGCAUGCAUACGAGCUGAUGACUAUACAAGCCUAAUUGCAUCUAUGAUAUCUUGUAUGAGGAUUUUCGGGUAUAUGACUUGGGAAAUGAAACUAUCGGUCAGUUCCCUCACUCUUUUCCUUGUUACAAUGCUCUAUUCUUCCGAUGGUUCAAAACGCAAUGAUAGUACGCAUAUUUGUUUUUGUAAUAGCUGCAACUACUUCCAAGUUUUCAAAAAAUAAAUGCAUUCUAUCUGUUUGAUUGAA